AUGUCGGCUGGUAUGCCCAUCAACCCCAAGCCUUUCCUGAAUGGCCUCACAGGAAAACCGGUGCUUGUGAAGCUGAAGUGGGGUCAGGAGUACAAGGGCUUCCUGGUUUCCGUUGAUGGAUACAUGAACAUGCAGCUGGCUAACACCGAGGAAGUUAUUGAAGGCUCCGUCACCGGCAAUCUCGGCGAAGUGCUCAUCCGCUGCAAUAAUGUGCUGUACAUCAAGGGCAUGGAAGACGAUGACGAGGAGGGCGAGAUGCGAGAUUAGCAUGAAUGGAGGAGCCACCACUACUUAGCCUAAGACUUAUGAAAUAAAGCUAUAUUUAUUUUGUAAUAAAACAAUACCUGUAAUUUA